GAUGGGGAGGUAGAGUUUUAGUAGGAAAAAAAACGGAUCAAAAAGAACACAAAAUCCUACACAAAAGUUGGCAAGAUUUUGGCAAACUGUAAAUCUUAAAUCUUGAAGCUUAUCUGGUUAUCACUUACCAUCUCACCCUUACCACCACUAAUCUUCUUCUAAUCUUGUUUUAAUGAGUUAAUUCAUACCAGCUCUCUCCAUUAACACAAUUAAAGUUUUCUUCUUUUUAAAUUCCAAAUACCAACAAAACAAAAAGUUUACGAAUAAUUAAACAUAAAAUAUUUUAAUCAUUAAAAUCAGAGACUUUUUUUUAAGAUUUUGAUAGGAAUUAUCGAUGGGUGCAAUAUCGGGGGCGAUUGGUGAUGGAGUUUUAUCAUUUAUGUGGGUUUUUUGUUCAUCGUUAUUUGGGUUUUUGACAAGCCUUGUAGCGAAUGCAAUCGGCGUUCAAGAUCAAGUUUAUACCACCCUUUUUAUUACUACUGUUAUUGUGUUUGUGUUUCUGUUCUUGUUUGGUAUAAUUGGGUCGUUUAUGGGUGGCGCUAGUUUUAAUCCUACUGCUACUGCUACUUUUUAUGCUGCUGGUGUUGGUGGCGAUAAUCUUUUCUCGUUGGCUCUUAAAUUUCCUGCUCAGGCAGCGGGUGCUGUAGGUGGUGCAUUGGCGAUCUUGGAGGUGAUUCCGUUGCAGUACAAGCACAUGCUUGGAGGCCCAACAUUGAAAGUUGACUUGCAUACUGGAGCCAUUGCCGAGGGGGUGCUAACCUUUUUAAUCAGUUUUGCUGUUCUUUUAAUCAUCCUGAGAGGUCCACGAAACUCGAUUCUCCAGAACUGGCUGAUUGCUGUUGUGACCGUGGUAUUAGUUGUUUCAGGUUCUAAAUACACUGGCCCUUCCAUGAAUCCGGCUAAUGCUUUUGGGUGGGCAUACAUAAACAAAUGGCACAACACAUGGGAGCAAUUCUAUGUUUAUUGGAUUUGCCCUUUCGUCGGAGCAAUAUUGGCGGCUUGGGCCUUCCGCUUCGUAUUCCCACCGCCGGCGGCGCCAAAACAGAAGAAAGCCUGAAAGACAGCUUCUGUUAUUAGUUGAUAGCUUGGGCGUUUCAACUGUAAUAAACCAACUUUAUUAGCCUUUCUUAAUCAUACCUCAAUGUUUAGAGCAUUCUUCAUUUAAGCUGCUUGGAAUGGUGGCAAUUGGCAAUAUUUUCUCAUCUUCCUUAUUGCUUAUUUUUCCUUUUCCUUA